GUCUAACAACUGCACCACUGCCCACUGCGUAGCAGCAUGCCGCAGACGAGGAGUGCGUCGCCGCCUCUCAAGCGGCGGGGUACGAGCCGCGCAUGUGAUGUGUGCCGGAGACGCAAGAUCAGGUGUGAUGGCCCCCAGCGAGAUAUGGACGAGUGCACCCACUGCGAGCAAAACUCGCUCGAGUGCACGUACCUCAACGACGCAGUGCGCAAGGGUCCGCCAAGGGGCUACAUCCAGAUGCUCGAGCAGCAGUGCGCGCGCCUGCACGACCUGGUUGGGCAGCUCCGCCCGGGUCUCACCUCGCACGACGUCGAGAGCAUUGUCGGCCCGCGACUCCAUGCCAAAGACUUUGACGUCGACGCGUACACGCAGCGCCUGAGAUCCCUGCGCAUCCCAGCGUUCCCCGUCAUGAAGGUUGUCGCGCUGCCGGCUGACGUGAUGCCCGUGGACUCGGGCGUGGGCUCGGUCGCACCGGCGCCUGGGUCGGUCGGCUCGGUACCGCUGCCGCUCCUGGCCUCGGGGCCAUCAUCUCGCCCCCCACUCACCCCACUGCCCAGCAAGGCAGCGCUGCGCGCACCCGCCUGCGCGCGCGCCGUCGUCGCGCCCCGGGACGACCCCUACGUCGCCAUGAGCGGGCGCGACGAGCUCGAGCGCAACGAAGGCGAGUACCACUACUAUGGUCCGUCGGCGUCGCACCGCUUCCUCGGUCUCGUGCACCGCGAUCUCGAAGACCGGGACACGUACGCACGCGAGGCUGCGCGCGCUCGCCGAGCAGCGCUGUGGCGUACGCCAGACUGGGAGAUUGCGACCUUUCACGAGGGGCAAGCGGCUGUCGACGCCUCGGUGUGGCCUGACGACGCUGGCGCUAGGGCUCUGAUCGAGGCGUACUUCACCCACGUCAACCCGCACUUGCCACUACUCGAAGCGAGCCUCUUCAAGCAGCAGUACCUGAGCAAACUCCACCUGCGCGACUACUUCUUCGCCAAGCUGUGCCUCCUCGUAUUCGCCAACGGCGCGAGGUACAUCCCAGAUCAGGCAUUCGUGCAGUGGGGCAAUGGCGGCGGGCCGUUCUCAGCCGGGUGGAAGUACCUGCGCGCGUUUCUCGCGCUGGGCACCUGCCUGCGCCGCGGCGCGACGCUCAACAACCUCCAGACAGCCGUGCUCAUGUGCCAGUUCUUCCGCGGCAACACGAGCCCCAACGUGCCGUGGGUCGUGGCGUCGACGGCGCUGGCGACGACGCAAGCCCUGGGACUGCACGUCAAUGCGACGCUUGUCGGGCUCACGGCUGUCGACCACGAGCUGCUGAAGCGCGCCUUCUGGUGCCUGUACCACUUUGAUCGGAGCACCGUCGCCAUGCCCGACAGCAGCGUCGAGACGUUCUUUCCGGCACCGAUCGAGCGCGGCACCGCCGGCGCUGACUUAGCCAACUUUGUGGCGACCGUCAAGCUCGACACGAUCGUCAGCUCGGCUGUGAGCCUCUUCCCCACGCAGCACGACGAUCAUCCCGACGCGAUCCCGGGCCUGCUGUCCCGCAUCGCCGGGUCGCUCGUGGCAUGGCACGCGGCGCUGCCACCAAGUUUGCGGUGGGACGCGGCGCGCUUUGGCCCAGACAACCUCGGCGAGCUGUACGCCAUCGCGCACGUGCACGCAAGGUACCACUGGGCAAGGAUGCACGUCUACUAUGCGCCGGUCAUCGCCGCCAGCAACCAGGCAGGUAUCCCUGGUCUGCCGCUGCGCUCCCUCUUCGCCGUCCCACUCGACGCCGCGAAGCAGAUCUUUGACAUCUUCGCCGUGCUCCUCGCGCUCACGCCGCCGGGCCGCCCCAUCGACUUUGCCUUCAUCGACUAUGGCCAGGUGGCCGUCGCCGUGUCCCUCCUCGCCAUCCACUUUGGCCUGCUCGUGGACGCGGACCGCGCCGCCGCGUUCGCAGGCAUCGAAGGUGUCCUCGACGGUUUGCACCAGAUGGAGUGCUCGUCCCGCAAGGCAGGCCAGCUGGCCGACCACCUCGCUGCGAUAGUAGAGUUCAAGCGACAGCGUGUGGGCGUCGUGUCGCCGCCGAUCGACGCCCUCCUGCCCGAAUCUGUGCCGCCCGCCGCGCUCAUGUCGUGGCUUGACUGGUCGACCUGGGGCGGGGAAGGCGGCGUGCCAGAUCUCCCUGACCUCGAGGUGGCCAUGCCACCGCCGGCGCCGUUGUCUGAAAUGACCGCCGGCGUCGCGCCUGAUCCGUGGUCCCAACUGCUGUCCAGCUUUGAAACGAGCCUGUACCCCCCGCCAGAGGCGUUCGACAGGUUAGCUUAA